AUGGUACGAGAUGCUGCCUCCACUGCGGGAAAAGUGCCGGCCGGAAAGCGUAGCGUGAUCGUAUUGAAUCCUAUGCGAAGACCGUCAUUGACAACGCGCUCAAAGUUUGAUCCGGAACUAGAGGACAUAGAGGAGCCCCCAGAGAGCGAUGACCCAGCAGUCAUACGAAGGAUCGUACGAAGACAGGCUGCUCUGGCAUCCGCAGGCCGGCGCAAGGCCACCUUAGCAGCGAUACACCAGAAGCGCUCCACGAGAAGACUGCAGCAUCCAGGACACGCUCUCUCAUCGAUACCAUACAGCACGGCGUACGAUGGGUCGACACACCCAUCAGAGGUCCUUCCAAGCCCAGGUGCGCUUGCAAUCGCCAAUGAACGUUUUGACCCCUUCGCGAACCAGGCUGUCGACUUCGAUGCCAUCAAAGACUCCGGUAUGCUCCACUCGCUGUUCAACGUCUUCAUGGCCCAUGUUGCACCAUUGCUGGAUCUAAGAUUGCCAACCCAAGAGGAUCGUAGACUUGGACGUCGCUACUCGUGGCAGAAAGAACUUCCACAGAUGGCGCUUGCCAGCCCGCCGUGCUUUUGGGCGGUGAUGCUCGCUGCAUCAGGUCAGAUGGAUUCUGUGGCAAAUAACAGCCCGGCCAAGUCCAUGUUGACCUUGAAGUUCCGACACAUGACAAUUCGGAGCAUAAACAAACGACUCGAUGCUUCCUCCACGGGGUUUAGAAACGAUUUCGGGCUGCUCAUCGGGAUUGCGAUACUCGGCAGCUGGGAACAUUGGUGGGGUUCACCAGAAGCAUGUCGAGCUCAUUGUGAUGGCCUCCGCAUGUUACGACAACACUUCAAAGAUUCAGAGCAGCCCCACGACCUGUUCGCGCAAGUGAUGACGUUCGCUAAUACCUUUGGCUCUAAAGAUUACACAGAGCCCCAGGAGCCCAAGUACGCACAACCGCUCCCGCAGAUCGUUGAAUCGCGAGUGGACAUGAACAGUGGCUUCGAGUGGACUGCAAGUAGAGUGUAUCUGGACCAGCGGUUGGUGCGCAGUAUAUGCAGCUGUUUGGAGAUUGAGAAGAUGCACUCAGGCACUGAGCGGGCCCAGAUAAUUCGCGAGCUCGCGUCGGUUAUACUGAGCUUCAAUACCAAGCCACGGCUCAAAACCGUCUUCACCGAGAACGACUGGUCUCGUGACCAAGACGGCGAUCGUCUCAACCUCGAAAUGCACAUUAUCCUGCAAGCCGCUGGGGUGAGCCUGCUCAAUUUUCUGGCUGGCAGCGCGAAAGAAGCAGGAACCGAGGACGUCGACGUGAUCGGAAUGUGCGAAGAAGUGUCCGACCUGGGGCGAAGCGUGGUCUGCUUGCCAUUGUAUGACCAAGUCUUGCUCUGGGCGCUCGUCACAGUUCUCGCGCUGAGCCAUCAAGCCCCUGCACAAGGCAUAGAGAUCAUCCGCACGGCAGCACACCGUUUGCAGAUGCAACACUUCGUGCCGAAUGAUCUCGAGACGUACAUGGGAGCCUUCGUGUUUCUCCGGAGCGCUCGCGAUGAUUACUCUCGCUUCUGCACAGCUAUCCAGACAUCGCCCGUUCCGAUCACUGUUCCAGGGUCAUAG